CACAGGGGGGAGAGAGAGAGAGAAAGAGAGUGAAAAGAUUAAUAGAAAGUAGAAAUUCAAGUUUAGUGGAAGACCUUACCAUUUAGUGAAAUAGACUCUGUGCAUGACGCAGGACACAGGAAGUGAAUGGCCAGAUAUGGCUGAAGUUGAAGAGAAAGGAAGAGAGAAUGAAGAAGAAAAUGAAGGCAUAGAAAAAGAAAAAGAGGGGAACUUUGUGGGAGAGCUCAACAUGAUGCUUGUUUUGCUGUCAUUGUCUGAAUCAAAGGAUGAAAGUGUGGAAAAGCAAGAGAGCAUGAGAAGAUCAGACAAUGGCGAGGUCACAGCCAAAGCCUGCAUUUCCAGACUUCAACCCAAUACCACCAUCAAGACGAUGCUUCAACCCAAGCAUCUCCGCAGACCAUCCCCUAAAUCUCGUACCUCUACAAGAGAUAUCAGGCAUGGCAGGAGAAUGUGAAGCACUUGUACCCUGAGAACCACGAAGAUCGAAGACCAAGUUCUUCAAUUUGUUUUACAUGUUCAUUUUGAUUAGUUCAUAGAAUAUCUGAUGUAUUAUGUUAUCCCGAAUUAUAUAAAUUAUCCUCUCUUCAA